UUACCCGAACCCAGACAUCUGGUCGCCUUCGCCCGGGCCGCUUGCUCAUUUCGAGGGGUAAAAAUCCAUACUGUCAGAUGGACGGGGGAGUCCGCUUACCUGUGGAGAAAAGGGGUCGUCUAUAUAUUGCUCAUGACCGAGAUACUUGGUGUACUGCCUGUCGCCUCUCAAAAGGGCCUACCUACGCUUCAAACCGUAUACAAGAACGCGCGCUCAUAUCAGUUUUUCACACACACACACACACUUCGUCCAAAGCCGAACUGGAAGGCUGAUCUGGACCAUAUCUGUAAAUGGAUGUUACAUGAGGCAACUAUCAAACACGCAGGAGCCCGUCGAUUUCACCAUUCCCGUCUUCUUCGGGAAUCCUGCAGGAGAUCAUUCAACGUAUAUAUACGUAGCAAGACCUUUGUAAUUCAAGUCCAGGGUGCUCAAACAUCAAGCGUCUAUACACUGCGUUCUAGACGCGUAGUUUUUGCAGGGUCAGGGAAACUGGCCGGUCCACCACCUCGGGAAACCAAGAAAUCGGUGGGAACGUGCCAUAAGAAGAUAGUAACGACUGGUAUCUCAUCGUGGCGCAAGGUUGCUCUUCCGAAACUUAUUCGGUGAUGCCUCACCGAUUUGGGAGGAUGGCUUUGGUAGAAGAGACCGUCGUGCUGAAUUGGCGCGACGCCAAAACGCCACAAAGAGAGGCUGGUGACCUGCCUACCAAAGAGCCUAGUUUCGA